AUGUACUUAGAUUAUAUUUUACUACCUGUGAAGAAGACUUGUUUCAAUAAUAUUGUUAUUUUUUACCACUUAUCACCGCCAAAGUACUCCCUCUCAUCGGCCGCACUGCCGCGGUUGGCAUCACCGCCAGGCCUGCCACGACACCGACCAGCGUCUUGGCAGCCCGAGCCGCCGCUCGUCUCUCCCUCGUGUUUUUACUCGCCAACAGGAAGCAUUGAUCUGCGCGACCUCGUCGUCUAUCUCCAUAUUGUGUUUUUCGACCGAGGAUCGUGCAUCUCAGAUAUCGACGGUCACGAGGCCGCAGCUACGUGGCGCAAAACGACCGUCCUCGACCGUAACACAAAUUUUAAUAAAAGACGCGAACAGGGUUGGAGACACACAAUCUCUUUCCACGACAGUAACAUAUCGCCAUCUUUGACGUUUUCAAUGGACGACGAUGACAACAACAGUGUGAAAAUUGAGAACAAAGAUCUACCUAACUCAGAUGAAGAAGGCAAAGAAUACCGUGAGAAACACACUGAAAUACAGGAGCAGGUCUACCAGGACAAAUUGGCCGGUAUCCAAAAGCAACUACAGCAGUUGCGUGAUGGGACACAUGGGGAAUAUGUAAAGCAAUUGAAAAAAUUGGAUGCACAGCAUAAAAAUGAACUAAUGAUGAAUGAUUUGUGGCGAGACUGUUUGUUUGAUGACAUUGAAAGAGAAUUUAAUAAAGAACGGCGUCUAGCUCACAAAGAGUUUGAAGAUCGUAAUGCUCAACUCACUGAGACUUUGAUAUCAGAAUUAAACGAAAAGAAAAAAGCUAUAGAACAUGACAAUUUAAACAUGGAACUUUCUCCUAGCUCGUCAAAUCAAAAGCCUGCUAUGACAAGGAAACUGAGAAGAAGACCAAAUGACCCAGUGGAGCCAACACCCCGAGGAAAACUUCGCAAACCCCCACCUGUAUCAGAUAAGUAUUUUUUAUUGCAGGAACAUGAAAUUGAACAGGAUGUAAAACUUAUUCAAGACUCAUUGGCUUCAUUAGCAUCUACUUCUACCACAAUAACCCCUACAGUCAAAACACGUGAUACAGUAAAUUAUUCAUCCAUUUGGAGACCAGGAUGUCUUCCGAGUACUAGUUCAUCAACUGCAAGUAACAUGAGUCCUAAAAAAUGUCGGAGUUCAGUUACUGAAGGAUCAUCAGCUAUUCCAAAUAUGCGAAUUGAAAAUGGAAAACUGUUGUUUGAAAAAAGAUGGUAUCAUCGAGGACAACAUGUUUUUGUCGAAGGAAGGCAAAUGGAAAAAUUCCCAGCUGUUAUAUUUGCCAUUGGCAACGAAAGUAUUUUGGUUAAGAAAACGUCAGACAACAGUAAAUUUUGUAUCUCCUUGUCUUAUCUAUCAAAAGGUAAAAUGUCUAUACAACGUCGAGCUGCUGUUUAA